CUCUCUCUCUCUCAUAAGUCCUCAGGACCUCAACACACGAAAGCUGACAUUCUUAAACAUUCUUUAUUUUCUCUCACUAUUUUCUUCUUCAAAUCGUGACGAAGCUUGUCUGCUACUGUAGUGGAGGACGGAUAUACCCUUGGCCAUCAUGGAAAUCUCUAGCUUAUCCUAGAGUUCGUUCCGAUUCUCCCCUACCGUCUAUGAUUCUUGUGUCGCUGACCGGCUUCUGUUCAUCAUUUCUCUUUCUCUUCAUCUCCAAGACUCCAAGUCUUCUGCUGUCCUGUUUUCGUCUUCUAUAUUUUUUGGUUGUGACUUGCGAUGUGAUUCUGGUUUUAGUGAUGAGAGGGAGGUAGUUUGCUCUCAACGAAGACAGAAAGAGAGAAAAUAGUUCAGAAAAGAUAUGGAGUUGUUUGAAGGUGUUGGAGAGAGCUCGUCACCGCCGAGGAAUUUCGGGGGUUUCGGUGGUUAUGAUAUAAGGAACGAUGUUUAUAACCGGUUGGUUGAGAACGGAAAUGAGGAAGCUGCGUGUAAUCCGGAGUUUCGUGAGCAGUUGGAUGCUCACUUCAAUCGCUUGCCUUCUAGAUAUAUACUAGACGUCGACAUGGAUAGAGUGGAAGAUGUGUUGUUGCAUCAAAAGCUUCUUGCUCUAGCAAAGGAUCCAGAAAAGCGGCCAGUGUUCCACGUUCGAUACAUGGAGACUAUACAAACCAGCAGGGAUGGAAAUGAUGAUCUACAACAGUGUUCAAGGUGUCAUACUGAAGGAGUUGAACAUGAAGGAGUUGUGUCAUCACAGAAGAGAAAUGGGGAUUGUGAGGUUGAUUUUGAACCUUGCUCAAAGCUUGGGGACUUGAAUUUGGAUGUUAGAAAGAAUGCUGAGGACAUGGAGAGAAGGUAUUUUACAGAAGCUUUUUGUGGAAAGCAGGAAGUUUUCCAAGUUCCAGUGUACAAAGUUGUAUUUUCUACUAUUGACAAGCCCAAACUUCUCAGCCAGCUCUCUGCUUUGCUCUCUGACAUAGGACUGAACAUCCGUGAAGCACAUGUCUUUUCGACAACCGAUGGCUACUCAUUGGAUGUGUUUGUAGUAGAUGGAUGGCCUGUUGAGGACACAGAUGGUUUGCACGAGGCGGUGGAGAAAGCAAUCGCAAGAAGUGAGGGAUCACUAUCUGGUUCUUCCCCUUCACAUUCAGUCAUAGAGAAGGCACUAGUAACCCAACCUGAAUCUGAUGAUUGGGAAAUUGAUAGAAGAUUGUUGAAGAUAGGAGAAAAAAUUGCAUCUGGGUCUUGUGGAGAUUUGUACCGUGGUGUUUACUUAAGUCAAGAUGUUGCUGUUAAAAUUCUUAGGUCGGAGCAUCUUAAUGAAUCUUUGGAGAUAGAAUUUGCGCAAGAAGUAACAAUUCUAAGGGAGGUUCAACACAGGAAUGUUGUUCGUUUUAUUGGUGCAUGCACAAAACUGCCACAUCUGUGCAUAGUAACAGAAUAUAUGCCUGGAGGGAGUCUAUAUGAUUUUUUGCAUAAGGAUCAUAAUGUCUUGGAACUUCCCUUGUUACUGAGGUUUGCAAUCGAUGUUUGCAAAGGAAUGGAAUAUUUGCAUCAAAACAACAUAAUUCAUCGGGAUCUGAAGACAGCCAAUCUACUUAUGGACGUGAACAAGGUUGUAAAGGUGGCAGAUUUUGGUGUAGCUCGGUUCCAAAACCAAGAGGGAGUAAUGACAGCAGAGACCGGAACAUACAGAUGGAUGGCUCCUGAGGUUAUAAAUCAUCAACCGUAUGAUCAGAAGGCUGAUGUGUUCAGUUUUGCUAUAGUACUAUGGGAACUCAGAACGGGCAAGGUCCCAUAUGAUACCAUGACACCUCUUCAGGCUGCCCUAGGAGUGAGACAGGGGCUCCGACCAGAACUUCCUGAUAAAACACACCCUAGACUGGUGGAGUUGAUGAAGAGAUGUUGGGAGGCAGUCCCUAGUAAUCGACCUUCCUUCUCAGAGAUUACAGUUGAACUCGAAGAACUGCUCCAAGAGGUUCAGCAGGCAACUUCAGACAGUAAGUGAACAUGUGGGUUUGUAACUCUUCAAGCGGCAUCUCCAGGGUUUUCAAGUGAGGAACAUUUUUCAUUAUUCAUUCUAUUUUUUUCCUUACAUAUUUUGUUUUGCACGAUCUUCAAAGGGUCAUCAGAAUGUUAUAGAGAAGGUUAGUGGGUGGUGGGGAAUCCAUGAAGGCUUGUAAGAUGAUUGUAUCCGAUUAUAGUGUUAAAUAGCAAUGUCUUGUUCAAGUCUGUAA